AUGGAGCCGCUGCUGAUUUCCAGAAAAAAGCAGUGUGACGGCCGAGCAAGACGAAUCCCCACGCAAUUGUGGUUAGUCACCUCACCAAACAGAGGCUGUAUUAAGAUUGAGGUACAAACUGGAAUUGAUUGGAUCAGUGCACUGCCAGACUCUCUAAUUGUUCAAAUUCUUUCUAUGCUCCCCAUCGUAGAUGCCUGGACAACUACUAUUCUCUCUAAACUUUGGCAAAACCUCUGGACUUGUAUCCACAACCUGAAUUGUUACCGCUCCAAGACUGAUUGGUCUGAUAACAGGUUUAUUUCCUUCAUGGACAAUGCACUACCUCUUCUUACCUCCUCUAAAAUUGAAAGCUUCACUCUACAUUUAAGACCUAACCUCGCUCUAUCAAAUUAUAGUCACAAACUUGACAAAUGGCUUGAAAUUGUAUUGAAGAAAGGAGUGGAGGAUUUUGAACUAGACGUAUGGCAUUGCUCUGUCCCCUUUGGCUUUUAUUUGGAUAGUGAUGUGUAUAGAUUGCCACAGGAUCUUUGCAGCAGUUCAUCAAUUCUAAAACUAAAUUGCCAGUAUUGCAGAAUACCAGAAGAUUGUAUUCUGAAUUGGACAUCCCUAAAGAGCUUAACGCUAUCAUGUAUGCUUAUCCGUGAGGAACACAUGGAACAAAUAACAUCAAAUUGUCAUCAGCUGGAAUCUUUGAAGCUGUGUAACUUUUGUGGUUUUCAUCGUUUGCAUUUAACUUCCCCAAAAUGUACGAGACUGGAAUUGAUUGAUCACACACAUCCUGUUGACUAUAUGAGAGGUGAUUGUUACUUUGAAAUUGUUGCUCCAUAUGUUCAACAUUUAAGGAUUUCAGGGGAUUUUGAUGGUGUGGAAAAUAGGCUUGGAGACCUGUCGUCUUUGAUCCACGCUGAUCUUACUUGCUACUUGUACGACUACGAUGUAGAUGACAAAAUUGACAAAACCAUAGUGAAAGAUCACUUGACAAGCAUAGCAUGUGCUAAGGAGCUAAUCAUCUCACCCUGGUAUAUCGAGGUCAGUUUACACUUCAUGUCUUUUUAUGCAAACAUGAAUAUAUACUCAGUGUGGCAAAAGGAAGAUGUUUUAUUACCAUUGUUGGAGUGCAAACAAUUGACAAUAAAUUCUUGGAUUAAAAACUAUACCUUCCUUGGUAUCGCCAAUCUCUUAAGGUCAACUCCUUGUCUAGAGAAUUUGACAAUAAUACUACCAGAAGAGUUGGACGGAAUUAUGUUUGGUAUAGGUUUCUUUUCUAAAGAUAUGUGGGAUCAAAGUUGUGCUGCACUCGAGACUGCUUUUUACAAUGAAAGACAUGGAUUGAUGGAUGUGUUGGGAGACAAGUACACAAACAUAUUCAAAUGUUCGUUGCAGAAUCUGAAAAACUUAAAGGUUAUUUUACAGUGGACUCCCUGCCUAGUCGAUGACCCGCCAGAGCUAACUAAACUAAUGAAUUCUUUGCUUGAGCAUGCAAAAAAUCUGGAGAAACUGAUUAUAGUGCACGAGGAUUAUUUUAAAAGGAUAGAAAAUUUGUUAGCUCUUCUGAGAGUUUCUAAUUCUACCGUUGUUGUUUCCGUAGAAUCGUGUUGACUUUCAUAG